AUGAUACCGAACAAUCAGAUUUUUGUUUAUUUUUUUCUUAUUAUCCAAAUCUUCUCCAUCUCCCUUCUCAAUUCGACGACAAUCCACGAAAUCAACGAAGCUGUUUUCCUUGAUCCACGUACUCAUUCAGCAGUCAUACGCUGUCCGCUAGAUUUCACGCAUAGUGCAGAUAUUCAAUGGUAUGAUGUAGCCAAUCAUCGUUACGAAUCCGACCGCGGCCGAUAUUACCGUAUCAAUGGCACUCAACCAUUCGAUCGUGAAUUCAUUUGCUCAACAAUUUCUCAAACAGGAGCUGGAAGCAACGAAAAAUAUCGAAUGAAAAUUCGUACAUAUGAUCAUCCUUUAAAUGUUCGAUAUAUUUCGGUUCGAAACAUAACCAAUUCGAGUAUAACCGUCGACUGGGAAGAUGAUAGUUAUAACCGAAAUGCCAAUAUAACUUACUAUGAAUUAGUUCUCAAAUACAACGACACCAUUCAAUAUCGAACACUAAUCAAUGGAACAUUAUCAACUUAUACAUUUCCAUCAUUACACCCGAAUACACUCUACUCAAUAGACAUAUCCGCUGUCGAUAUUUGGAAACGUUAUAGUGGUAGUGUGACGAUAAAUAGUACGACAUUAUCAUCGAAUUCGAAUGAUGUUAAAAAACCCUAUCAAUUAAUGGAUCGUGAUUUAAUCGAACAAUCAGUGGCAUGUUAUCGUUUAGAUCAUCAGAUGUUAUUAGUCGAAUUUAAUCGCAGUCAACUAAUAUCUUCCAAUCAGAUUUAUAAUAUAACAAUAUAUGAUUAUCAAGACCAUGUCGCUUUCACUGACAAUCAUUAUGAUAAUCAAAGAAAAGAGUUUACAGCAACUGAGCCUUUAAAUGCAUUUAUUUAUCGUUUGAAACGAAAGAGUUUAACAUUUAAAAUCAAGUUCAUCUUUUCCACUAACCAGUUUGAGUAUAUUGAAACUAUUGUGAAAUAUUGCGAUGAUUUUUAUCCUAUUUAUGCACCGUUAACCUGUUCGAUUAAAUCAUCGGGACUAAAUAAUCAUCAUUUAAUGAUACACAUGCAACUGUACAAUAAAGACAAGCAAAUUUAUUCAUUAAAACCCAACAAUGUCUUUUAUCGAACAAGUCGAACACAUUUUAUCAAAAAGAACAUCUACGAUAUUCAUAAAUAUGUCAGUGCAAAUGUUGUUGAUGUGAAAGACAAUUAUUCAGUUGUUGUCGAAAAUGAUCUCAUUAAUGGCAAUUCCAAUGAAAAAGUCAAUGUUUCAAUACUUUGUCCAAUCACUCGGAUAGCAUCUAUUCCCCGAGCGAGUGCUAGACGAGAAAAUCGAAUACUCGGUGGAAUUAUCGCUGGACUUGUUCUAUCGAUUAUUAGUCUCACAGCAUUGGCGGUUUUUAUUGCGUAUCGAAAAGGAUUCAUGCCGGAUUGUCGCCGAAUAAUUCUUCAUUAUGUUUAUCUAAUUCGUAAAAAACAUCAUCCGAGAUCGAAUCUCGUACAAAUCAACGGUUCCACUGAUGGAAAUGGCAGUAAUGGAACCAGCGUGAAUUACUUCGAUGGGAAUAACAAAGAGUUUGAUUCAACUUCCAUCGCAAUCAAUCAAUUCGCUGGUUACGUUGCUCGCAUGCAUAAAGAUGGCGAUUUUGGCUUUGUUCGUUUAUUCGAGGAUAUUUGCGAAGUAUCGAAAAGCUACACCUUUCCAGCGGAUGUUUCUCAACUCGAAUAUAACAAAUCGAAAAAUCGCUACACCAAUAUAUUAACUUACGAUCAUUCACGUGUUAAAUUAUCAAGUGAAGAUAGGGAAGGAAGAGGAAAUUACAUAAACGCCAAUUAUGUUGACGGUCACCAGAGAGCGAAUGCGUACAUUGCGACCCAAGGGCCCAUGCCAAACACAAUCAAUGAUUUUUGGAGAAUGAUUUGGGAGAAAGAUGUGAGUGUAUUGGUCAUGAUCACAAAUAUCAAAGAACGCGGACGAGUUAAAUGCGAUCUCUACUGGCCACAAGAAGGUUCAGAAACUUAUGGUACCAUUCAAGUGACACUAGUCAGUACAAUACCGUAUGCUUAUUAUGUUAAGCGAAUAUUUUCAAUUCGAUGUAAAGCCAAUCGAAAGCGUAUUACAUACGAACGGCUUGUACAUCAAUUUCAUUAUACCGAUUGGCCAGAUCAUGGUGUACCAUUGUUUACUUUACCUGUUCUUUCUUUUAUUCGCCGUUCAUCCGCAUGUAAUCCUGAAUCAGGAGGACCGAUUGUUGUGCAUUGUUCGGCUGGGGUUGGUCGUACAGGAACAUAUAUUGUUGUUGAUACGAUGCUAAAAAAGAUACGUGAACAACAUUCAUUGAAUAUCCCAUCAUUCUUAAAACACAUUCGACAACAACGAAAUUUUCUUGUUCAGACGGAAGAACAAUUUAUCUUCAUCUAUGAUGUUUUACUUGAAGCCAUUCAAUUGUUAAACAUCGGUUACAAUGACAUCGAAUUAAAUGAACAAAAUUUCGAUUAUAUUAUCCAAAUGUUGGAUUAUUUCGAUAAAGACUCCAACUUGACACGUUUAGAUAAACAAUUUCAACUAAUACUCUCACAAAUGAAAACCAAUGAUUAUCCACAAUCAUUUGGACAAAUGGAAGAAAAUCUCAGUAAGAAUCGCACACAAGCAAUCUUGCCAUACAAUCCUUGCCGAGUGGUCCUUUCAACCGAAAGGAAACAAUCCGGUAGUGAAUAUAUCAACGCAUCGUAUAUGCACGGUUGCCACCGAGUAGAUGAAUUUAUCAUUACUCAACAUCCGAUGAUGAAUACAAUUACUGAUUUUUGGCAAAUGAUUUGGAAUACAAAUACUAGUAUCAUUGUUUCAUUAUAUGCCGAUGAAAAAUCUCAACCGGAUGUGCCUGAUUUCUGGCCACUACCCAGUCAAAUUAUGGAUUGCGGAAGUUUCAGUGUUUGCUUGAUCGAUGAACGAUUCGAAUGUGAAUACAUCUAUCGAGAUUUUCUUCUUCAAUCAACUGAAGAGGAUUAUGAACUGCGAGUGAAGAUCGUUUCCAGUACUUAUUGGCCAGAUGCAUGUUCACCCCUGAAAGCAUCGUUCAAUCUGAUCAAUACAAUACGAAAGCUUCGAUUGAGUAUCAAAUCGAAUAGUCCAAUAGUUGUACACGAUCUUUUCGGUGGUCAUCGCGCUGCAACAUUCUGUGCUCUAUAUACAAUGACCGAACAAAUGGAAGUGGAAGGAAUAUUAAACGUCUACGAAUUAGCUAAACUUUACCAUACGAAACGUCCGGGUAUUUGGCGACAUAAUGGAGAUUUAUUCUUUUUGUACCGUUGUGCUGAAAUUCUCUUCCGUGAACUUAAACUGCCGAAUUCGUACAAUUCAACUCAAACGUCAAGCUAUCACCGUCGAUAUUUACCGCAUCAAUAUAUUCCAUCUCAAGCUUUAGAUGAACCUGUACCUAUUUCGUCUUAUGCGUCAACAUCUACUCAACCUACAUCUACAUCUUCAACUACUUCAGCCUUUGCCAAUGUUGCUCAAACUGUCAUGGAUUCGUUUUCCAAACGCCGUCAGAAAUCACGUAGUUAUCGCUCACAAACGUUGAAGAAAAUUCUUUUUCUCAACAACGAAUCACCACUUUAA